AUGGACAUUCCCCGCUCGACGGUGCGGCAGCUCCAGGCCGCCGGAGCGCCCCCGCACCGCCCGGGCGCCACCGAGUCGCGCUGCCGGGCGCAGCUCGCGAUGGCGCUGCAAAUGAUGGAGGACAAGGCGAUGCGCGAGCACGCCCUCAUCUGCGCCAAGUCCUGCCUGACAGCUUCCGCGGACUCGCACCUCGCCAGCGACCUCAUGAAGGGCCUCGUCAGCGGCAUGGCUACAUGCUCCCCACAGGCGCGCCGCGUGCGGGCGCAGGCCGCUGCGUACGCUGUGUCGAUCCGUGGCCUGCACUACUUCUGGCCGGCCGUUCCCGCGGUGGUCAAGGCCCUGGCCGACUCCAUCGCGGCCGAGCGCAUGUCCGCGAACACGCAGCCGCUCGCGGACCUCGCCGGCGCCCUCGUCUCCGCGGGCGUCGCCGCCGCAGGCCCGCCAGGGGACGGCGAGCAGUGGGCGCCGCCGCAGGCGCGCUCGAAGGCGUGGGUGUCGCGGACCAUGCUGCGGCCGCUCGUCACGCACCUGCAGAGCCCCGACCGCGACGCGGUGGGCCGUGCGGGGUCGUGUUUGGCCGCCGGGGUCCGUGCGGCAUCUGCGGCUGCGGUGGAGGGCUGUCCGACGGCGCGCGCCGCGGUGUCGGACUGCCUGACGAUGGUCGUGAACGCGCUCUCGCAGCGCAUCUCGCAGGCGUCCGUCGCGGCGAGCACGCGCUCCGCGGCAGGCCGGGGAAAAGCCGGAGGGGGGGUGUUGAGUGCUGACGCACUUCUACCGGUCAGCAGCGCCGUGCGCGUCGUCGGCGUGCCCGGCGGCGACACCACGCGGCGACUCGCAACGCUGUGCGUGUCCUGCGCCGACAGCACGGACUGGCGCGUGCGGGCCGCGGCGGCGGACACCAUCGCAGCGCUGCUGCGCGCGCUGGCGACGGGGGCCGCCCGCGGGGACGCGGAGGCCCCGCCCGGCGCGGAGGACGCGGCGUGCGCGGCGGGCAAGGUGCGGAGCGCGCUCGAGGGCGACCGCGUGCAGGACGUGCGCCGCGCUGCCAAGGGCCUGUCGGGCGACAUGUACGCGCUCUCCCGCAUCAUCGCGUACCCAGGGGCGCCGGCCGAGGGCCCUGACGACGUCGAGGCGACGAUCCGCGAGGCCCAGACGCCGCUGCCGGCCCGGCCCGUGGUCGCGGGGACGCUGAGCCCCGGCGCCGCGGGGGGGAGUGUCGGGGCGUGGUCACCCGACGCGAUCCCCGACGACGGCGGGGCCGGCGUCGCGGCGGCCGCCGGGCGCCCGCACAUCGAGGACGCGACGGUCACCGCGCCCGCCGUCGUCCCGACGGCGCCUGCGCCCACGCGGAAGGCACGCGGGGGGCGCCGCUCGCGCCCUGCCUCGCACCGCCGCGCCGGCAAGGCCGCGCGGACGCCCGCGAAGCGCCGCCCGCACGCCGCUGGUGGCGGGCCAGCAGAGGGCUGCUUCGGCCCCGCCCGGCGGCGCCGCCUGUGGUCGUCGAGCACGGACGUGCCGGUGCAGAUCUUCGUCACACAGCAACCCCCGCCAGUGCCGGGCGAGCCAGCACCGGAGCCAGCCGCGGCAGCGCCGAGCGCCGCGGGCGGUCGGGCGCAGGCGCUGCGCUCCGCGGGGCCGUCGCCGGCGCGUCCCGCGGCGGGAGCGCCCGCGGAGGACGAGGAGCUCUUGGGAGCGGAGCUGAUCAUUCGCCUGCCGCAGAGGGCCGCGGAGGGCGGGCCGUCCGGCGGCGACGCGCCGGCGGGGGAUGCGGCGGGGUGGCGCGUGGAGGUGUACUCCCCCGGGGGCACGAGGUUCACCCCGGAGGAGGCGCAAGUGCUGCUUUCGAUGGGGCGGGAUGGGAAGGUGGGUGACGCGCCCGAGGCGAAGCCGGAGGCCCCCGGAGCGACGCGUCCGCCCGCAGCGCUCGAUCACGCUCGUGCGGGCGACGGGGCGGGGUCUGCGGGCCCGGCCUCGCCGCGGCGAGACGACGACGCCGAGGUGCGGGACGCCCCCGGGGGCGUCGAAAGGGGUACGCAGACGCCGUCGCGGGCGCCGGUGCACAAGCAGCUCGCCGUUGUCGCGGCGGAGGAGGCGCGGGGGCGCCCGCGGCGCGUGCGGUUCGGGUCGGGCCGGAGCGACGACGGCGACGACGAGGGCGAGGGACCCCAGGGGGCGCUGCGGUCCGCGCAGUGGGCCGUGGACUCGCAGGAGCUCUCGGCGGCGAUGCUGCGUCGCGGAAUGGGCGCGUCCGUGAGCCGCAGCCGCCGGGGGAGCCGCGCCGGACGCACCGACCGCUCGGUGCGGGGGAGUCUCCCGGACAGUGUGUCCGAGUCAACGGGGAGUCGCGCGCGCAGCGAACGGGCGCGGUCGCGGGGCAGGCGCUCCAGCGCGCUCAGCAGCGCGCACCGCUCGCGCUCCGCCGCGAGCGGCCGCCGGCAGCCGCGCCCGGGCAGCCGAACAUGGUUCCUGGACGAGUCGUGCGACAUGGGCGACGGCGGCGGGAUCCUGACGGCGCCGCCGGCGCCGCGGCCGCGCCGCGAGGUCGAGGACGUCCUGGUUCACGAGGCUGCGGGGCGCGGACCGUCGGGCGUGCGCGUCCAGACGUGGUUUUUCGAGUCGCGGGACGACAUGGAUUUGGAGGUCGGUGCGCGCGUGUACGAUUCGAGGAGGGCGCUCGCGACGGGCGACGCGCGGGACUCGCGGUCGAAGAGCCGCAUGCGCCCCGUGUGGGUCGUUCAGGAGCAGAUCUCAGCGCUGCAGCUCCCCGUGAAUGUGGCGGACGGCGACAGCGUGCGCUCGGGCGGGAGUGGCGCGGAGGAGGAGGGCGCGGACGGCGACGCGGCGCGAUCGACUGCGGCGACCCAGCGCGGCCGGGCGUCGGGCGACGGCGACGGAUCCGCGGACGGAGGGAGCGCACCGCAUGCAGCCGCGGCACCCGUGGCCCGGUGGGGAAUCGACUCGCCGUCCGAGGGCGGGGCGGGCGCGGGGCAGCGGCGCAGCGUCUCGGAGCACGCAGCGUCGGACGGCCCGUCGCACGAGGACGAGGUGGUGUUCGAGCAUGUGCCGUCGAACCGCCCCGUGGCGUUCCUUGCCAGCGACGUGGAGGACUUGGCAGGCGUGGAGCAAGCAGACCGGAGCUCGCAGGAGCAGGGCGGGUCGUCUGGGACGGCGUAUCACACCGUUUGGGGGGGGUCUAGCCGGACGAGUCAGCGCACACCACACUCGAGUCCCCCCCGGGAGGAGCCCGCGCCGGCGCAGCAGGAUUCCGCGCCGACGCAGGAACAGCCAGCGCCGGCGACGCCGGAGCAUGGCGAGCAUGACGGCCACGGCGGACAGUGGCGCGUUUGGAAUGUCGGGGACGCGUUGGAGCGGGCCGACGACCCUGACAGCGAGGCGGCGGCGUCUUGGCUGCUGUCGAUGUCGCCGCCGCGGCCGCGCGAGGUGCCACGGUCCCCGCCGGGGUCCGUGCGUGCGUCCAUCGAAGACUGGGCCGCCGCGACCGUCCGCGCCACCUCGGAAGGAGGGGGACCUUCGAACACACCCCCCCGGACCCCCCCACGGCCGUGGUCCGGCGCGAGUCCCGAGGGCAUCCAGAGCGAGGCCGCUGGGCCGUCCGGGGACGUCGACGUCGUGGAGCGGGCCGUCGCGCAGGCGCUGGAGAACGUCGCGGCCGCGCACCGCGACGAGAUGGCGGGCCUCGUGCGCGGGGUGGUGGGCGAGCACCUCAAGGCGGUGCGCGACCGGUUCGAGCAGGAGGAGCGCGAGGAAGCGACGCGCAUCGCGGCGGAGCUCGCGGAGGCGGCGGCCGAGCUCCGGAAGCGUGCCAGUGCCGAGAUGCGGGCCGUGCGGGCGGACCUGCGGGCGCGGAUGGCGGCAGAGCUGGAGACGCGACUGCCCGUGGUGAUCGAGACGCUCGGACGGAUCGUCGGGGACGGCUCGGGGGGUAUUGCUGGACUGAUGUGA